AUGAUGAGAGGUCUUUUAAAAAAUACAAGUUUGGCAAAUAUUUGUGCUAAUCGUUUUCUUGUUAAUGGAAAAACAAUUAAAAUUCGCCCUGAUGGGCAAUGUCCACCUCCAGCUAUUACACAAUUAAGUGAAGAAGAAAUAGCAUUUCAAGAUUCUGUAAGAAGUUUUUCAAAUACAGUUGUAAAGCCAUUAGUUAAAGAGAUGGAUGAGAAAAAUGCUAUGGACAAGAAUGUUAUACGAGGAUGUUUUGAAAAUGGUUUAAUGGGUGUUGAAGUAUCAUCAAAAUAUGGUGGACCUGAGUCAUCAUUCUUUAAUGUUGCUUUAAUUGUUGAAGAAUUAGCCAAAGUAGAUCCAUCUGUUUCUGUUAUGGUUGAUGUUCAAAAUACACUCAUUGCUCCAUUAAUUAUUGACCUUGGAACUGAGGAACAAAAACAAAAAUAUUUAACAAAAAUUCAUAAAGAUACUGUUGGUUCAUUCUGUUUAACUGAAGCUUCAUCAGGUUCUGAUGCAUUUGCUUUAAAGUCAACUGCUAAAGCUGAUGGUGAUGAUUUUAUUAUAAAUGGAUCAAAGAUGUGGAUUACAAAUGCUCAAUAUGCCAAAUUUUUUUUAGUUAUGGCUAAUGCUGAUACAAGCAAAGGAUAUCGUGGUAUUACUUGUUUUAUUGUCGACAGAGAUCAACAAGGAGUAUCCGUUGGAAAAAAUGAGGAUAAACUUGGUAUUCGUGCUAGCUCAACAUGUACUGUUAAUUUUGACAAUGUAAGAGUUCAUAAAUCAGCUAUUUUAGGAGAAUUUGGCAAAGGGUAUAAGUAUGCCAUUGAAUGUUUGAAUGCUGGAAGAAUAGGUAUUGCUGCACAGAUGCUUGGAUUAGCACAAGGAUGUUUUGAUGCUACAAUACCUUAUCUUCAAGAUCGUAAACAAUUUGGAAGUAGGCUUAUUGAUUUCCAAGGAAUGCAACAUCAAAUUGCUGAUGUAGCUACAGAGAUAGAGGCUGCCCGUCUUCUUGUUUAUAAUUCUGCAAGAUUAAAAGAAAAUAAUAUUCCAUUCAUUAAAGAAGCUGCAAUGGCUAAAUUAUAUGCUUCAAAUGUUGCGACUAAAACAACAAGUAAAUGUAUUGAAUGGAUGGGAGGUGUUGGAUUUUCUAAAGAAUUUCCAAUUGAAAAAUUUUUCCGUGAUUGUAAAAUAGGAACAAUUUAUGAAGGAACAUCUAAUAUACAACUUUCAACUAUUUGUAAAAUUAUUGAUAAAGAAUAUCAAAGUUAA